CCGCCCGACAGCCCGCCCGCUCCCGGGGACCCGCCGUGCGCGCUCCGUGAAGGGGCUUCCAGACGCGCCGGUGCGCAGGACGCAGGGGAUACAGGCGGAGGCAGGAGAGUGUCGUCUGGGCUCCGGCGGUCGCUGUGCAUGCAUGUGUUCUGCACCGUACGGGCGGAAAAAGCGCCCCAGGUCCGCAGGGAGCAUCUUCCCCCUCAGUAAGGCGGCGCAGACGGAGCCGGAGCGGCGCGAGAGCACGGAGGGGGCCGUGGACGGCAGCAGGAUGACCGUGCAGGAAUUCAACACCCUGGUGGCCCUGUACCGGGAGCAGGUCAUCUCCGUGGGGGAGAUCUCCGCAGACUGUCCGUCCCUGCGCGCUCAGAUGCAGCACACGCGCUCCAAAGGAUGCUCCAUGGCGCGGGCCGCGCACCAGGACCUGGCCAACAUCUCCGUCUCAGGCCCAGAGGAUGGAGAGAUCCACCCGGAGAUCUGUCGCCUCUUCAUCCAGCUGCAGUGCUGCCUGGAGAUGUUCAUCACGGAGAUGCUGAAGUCCAUGUGCCUGCUGGGGGUGCUGCAGCUGCACCGGAGAAGAACGGACUCGGAGCCGAGGGUGGACUUCCGCCUGGACGAGAGCUCCGACGUUCCCAUCCUGGAGGACCGCUCCUCGUCUCCCAUCGACUUCCCUCAGGAGCAGUGGCUGGUGGGGACGGACAUCGAGAACAUCGAGAGCAGCUUCCUCCUGCUGCUGCUGCAGCUCCUGGGCUGCAUGUCGGCCUGCCGGGCCUGUUUCUGCGACCGGUACCCCUGGAGCCCCUGGUCAGCCUGCACCAGGACCUGCAACCACGGCGUGCAGCAGAGAGAGAGGCGCUUUCAGUACGACGACUACUUCUGGAAGAACAGCUGCAGGCAGCUGUGUGACAAAUACGACCGGAGGGCCUGUAACCAGCAGGCCUGUCCCAUCAACUGCCUGCUCACAGAGUUCGGGCCGUGGUCCGAGUGCUCAGCCUGUGCCAGGAAACAGUUACGGACCCGAGCCAUCCAGAGACCGUCCCAGUUCGGCGGGUCGGACUGCAGCGUGGAGCUGACGGAGGAGCGGCCCUGUUACCCCUCCACAGAGUGCAAGCUGCCAGAGGCCGACUGCAGAGACGACUUCAAGUGUGAUAACGGACGCUGCAUCAACUCCACCCUGACCUGCAACAGCCAGAACGACUGCGUGGACAACUCAGACGAGCGCGGCUGUGACACCUUCAAGGUGGUGUGUCCGGCGGACAAGAGAGUGGCCCCGGGGGCCGACCUGGUGGGAAACGGGUUCGACGCUCUGGCGGAGGAGCCGAGGGCCGCCGUGCUGGACAACAUGUUCAUGGGAGGAAUCUGCAGGAUAAGGAGGCCUCAGAGCACGCUCCUCUACCACCGAGUGCCGCACAACUUCCAGAGCCUUGAGAUCAAGGUCGGACAGGUGGAAGACUUCAGCACGGAACCUCAGCCACUGCACACCGAGUCCAUCAGUCUGAAAAGCUCCAGAAACACUCCUGAAACGGCCACCAGGGACGGAGACGGGUUCUUCUUCCCCAUCUUCUACUUUCAUAGAAGACGCAGCUCACGGAUCUCCUCCAGCAAAGAGGCUUUCGAGGCCUCAAAGAAGAAGGACUCCACGUUCAUCCGAGUCCACCAGGUUCUUCCCGUGUCCACGUUCGAAAUGAAGCCUCCGGAGGAUUUAGUCCUGUCGCAGCCUUUCCUCCAGUUUCUCCAGGCCCUGCCUCUUGACUACAACUACGGCCUGUACAGGGACAUCUUCCAGCGCUUCGGGACGCACUACUACAGCUCCGGGAAGCUGGGAGGCCACUACGACCUGCUGUACCAGUACAGCCGAGAGGAGAUGACCACUUCAGGUGAAACAGAAGAACACGUCAAAGGCUGUCUGAGCAAGGAGACCACGUGGACCGUCAUCCUCUACACCGAACACAGCAGCGUGCAGAGAUGUGGCGACAACAGGAUGACAGAGAGAUAUCACGGCUCGUACGUCCAGGCAGCGGAGAAGUCUUUCUCCAUGGUGAAAGGAGGCCGGACCAGAGAGGCGGCGGCUCUGGCCUGGGAAAGACAAGGCGCCGCUCCGGACAAAACGGCCUUCAAGAACUGGGCCAAGUCUGUUCUGGAUAACCCCGCAGUGGUGGAUUACCAGCUGCUUCCCAUCGUAGACCUGGUUCGGGGGAUUCCCUGCGCCGUCACGAAGCGGAGGCACCUGAGACGAGCCCUGCUGCAGUACCUCCAGGAGUUCGACACCUGUAGAUGUGCUCCCUGUCCCAACAACGCCCGGCCGAUCCUGUCCGGCACCGAGUGCAAGUGUGUCUGCCAGACCGGCACCUUCGGCGAUAACUGUGAGAAACGUGCUCCAGACUACACUUCAGAGGUGGUUGAUGGGUACUGGAGCUGCUGGGGGCCGUGGAGCAGCUGUGGAGCCACCAUGAAGAGACAUCGGACUCGACGGUGUGACAACCCCGCCCCACUGAGAGGCGGUCAGCCCUGCGAAGGUCCCGCGAAGCAGGAGGACCAAUGUCACAUCUCCAUCUUUGAAAAACAGGAGACCUGUGAUAAUGAUGAUGACUUCACCAUGGGCUGGAGGAACGAGCUGCCCCCCGGUGUGGAGGGCUGCCUGCGGCCAGACAGUCCUGCAAACAGCUACCUCAGGAAAUCCAAGCAGUACUACAGUUUUGGUGAGGAUGAGGAGUUCAAGUGCUUCACAGGUUUCAGUCUGGAAGGCUUUCAGUUCAUUAACUGCCUCCCUGGUGGAACCUGGAGUCAGCCGAGGGGGAGAUGCGUCAGGAAGAUCUGCCUCCCUCCCGACGUCCCCGACGGCAUGACGCUGUUCCACAGCAAGGAGGAGUACGGAGUUGGGGAGUCGGUGGGCUUCAACUGCGUCGAGCCGGGCCUGCGGCCGCUGCCGAGUGGCCUCCACAGGUGUGGCGCCAGCCUGACGUGGGAGCCGCCGCUGCCCGCUGACCUGCGCUGCACUGAUGAGGAACCAUUUGUGCCUGAUGUUCAGUGCAGACCAGGAGAGAAGCGCCAGGGCUCACAGUGUGUCUGCGUCCAACGGGAGAGCUGCCUUUCACAAACAGAGAGCCUCUGCGUUCUGAACAUGAACCUCGGCGUCACCGUCCCCAUGUCCAUCUGCUCCUUCCACGCCGGCCGUUGCCACGGCGACCCGCUCUUCUUCGUCAGCGAGGGCUCGUGCGAGCAGGUCGACGCAGCCAAGCUGGAGUGGGCCAAGUUCAGGGCCAAGAUGUCCUCCAGGAGCGCCGUGCAGGAGCCGUGUGACCUGGACACCUGCUACGAAUGGGAGACCUGCUCAGCCGCUAAGAAGUGUGAGUGCAGGACUGCUCGGGAAUGCCCCGCCGCCCAGACCCACAUGUUCUGCGUGAAGCUGACGAGGGUCCAGGGGACCCGCAGCCUCAGCCUCUGCUCCAUCGCCAGCCUCAAAUGUGCCAACUACCAGUUUGAGAUCAUGAGCGAAGGCGUCUGCUAGUCCUGAAGGUCCCACUCAGACGGGACUGGAUUCACGCUGAGCUUUACGACAACACACUGCACCUGCUGGGAAAUGCCUGCAGUGCUCCACGAUGCAGGUGGUUAAACUCUGUCAUUCUUCUUUUCUCACAAUGACACCGAAAUUCAGACAGCCAGAUGUUAAGGUUGGUUUUCCACAAAGACGUUUCAAGUGGAAAAAAAAACGUCAUUUUUUUCUUUUUCAUUUCUGAAAAACUUUUGUAUUUAAACAGCAACCUUUUGAACACAAUCUCCAUGUUAAAUCCACAAAAAAACUGAAAAUGAUGUAGGGAGCAUGUUAGGCCACUAAUGUGCACUGUUGGUUGUUUUUGUAAUGUUUUAAAAAAUGUGACAUUAUAAAUCUUGUGUGAACAGAUGCAAACUCAGACAAAAUGGAAAUAAAUGAUAUGAAUCCAG